AACGUGAAACGCGCCACAUCGGCCGCAUCGGCCACAGAGUUCGUCUCACGUUUCACCGAUGGUGCGAGGCAAGAGUCAGUCACCAAAGCCCAAGGACAAAGAUGGCAAGGCAAAGGCUGGAGGGGCGAGUGAGAAGCCGAUGCUCGCGGCGAAGAUCGUGGAAGUCCGUGACACGUACGGCAAGAUGUCGGCCAAAGCACGGGGAGCAAAGAUCCACACCGGGCCGCUGCAGCUGCGAAAAGCGCUGAAGCCACGGGACACCACCGAGUGGGUCAGAAGCAUGAAGCAGCCCUACUCAUACUUUGAGUCCUCUGCCAACCAGCCGACCCCAAAACCGGAGAAGUCCAAAGGGCCACCAGCGCUCUGGCUGCCAACCACUAAGCAGAAGGCACUCCAGGAGAAGAAGCAAGAGGAGAAGAACGCGGAGAAGAGUCCGGACAAGAAGGAGAAGAAAGCUAAAGGUGGUGCCAUCAGUGACGAAGAUCCUGUGAAGGCGCCAGCGCUUGGAGAAUACGAUGACAGAACACUGGGACGACGACCCUGGGAUGAGGGUCACCACAUCAUGAUGUCACGCAUGAACCACGAGGUCCAGAGCGGUGUCCGGGAGUAUUUUGACAAACCAAAGCGGAAGGAAGGCGAAGGUCCCCCACCUAUGCGAGAGAGGUAUGUCAUGAACGACCGCCAACUUGCGUGGAACGAUGAGCCAGGGAAACCUGGCCAACUUCGCCGGACCUUGUUCGACCAUGUUGGAGCCUAUAGCAUUGGCGGCUGCAAGGAUUACCAGAUGCCAUCCUAUUGGCGGAAAGUCAAGGACUGGUCCAGCUACAGCACGCCAGAAUUGCCUCUGACCUUGCGCUGCAAGAUCCAACCCCAUGGCCAUGUCCCAGCGGGUUAUGAGCGGCGACAUUUGUUCCAAGCUCUGGCCAACAUGCCGCCCAGUGAGGCGGCCACGUUUUGGCGUGGCUGGGUGGAGCGUGAAAACACCUUUGGAAAGGCAGAGGCGGCAGUUUCAACGCCCAAGAAAUCCAGGUGGAACAAUUCCUGGCAAGCAAGCUGGGCACAGGGCAAUGAUGAGAUGAACUGGCGAUGUCGAGAAUAUUUCUCUGUGCCCUUAGGAGGCACCGGCAGAUCCAUGCCCAGCAGUUCCCCUUCCUUGUUGAAGCAGCCCUUGGCAAUGACUUUGCAAGAAGCCCUGGAGACGUUUCACCUGGAAAAAGAGAAAUCACCGUGAGCGGGUCAUUGUAUUGAGGUUCCAGCUCAUGGAAGAACACUUGCUGAUGAAUCAGCUUGCUCAGAUCAUCGUGAGAAAAG